AUGUUUCCGACGAACAAAGUGGCCGAGAACGUAUUUGCUACAGCGGGAUCGAUUAUCUGGUCUGUGGUGGUGAUACCCCAAAUUGUAAAGUCAUAUCGCACCAAAUCGACACAUGGUUUAUCCCCAUGGUUAAUGUUAUUGUGGGCAGGUAGUGCAUUCACCUAUGGACCAUAUGCCUUUACCCAGCAUCUCAGUAUAGCUUUCUGCGUCCAAGCUCAACUGUUCUAUCUGUUCACCUGUAUUUCAUUCUCUCAAUGUCUAUACUACUCUAGUGGUUAUUCAGUUAUCAAAUCCAUUUCAGUCUUAUUCGCCUUGUUACUCCUAUUCGCAGGUUUCGAAACAGGUUCCAUAUUUGCUCUUCGUAGAGCCGAUUCCGAAGGUCUUCCGGGCGUAGCCAUGGCUUAUGCUUACAUGACUAACGCCUUCAAUGUUUUAGGACUUUUACCACAAUACUACGAAAUCUUUCGAUUACGUGAGGUAGUCGGUAUAUCCCUAAUCUUUCUCGCUCUGGACGUCUCAGGUGGGGUGUUAAGCUUUCUCAGUCUUUUCUUUAGACCAAAGUUGGACGUACCCGCUUUUGUGAGUGAAAAUUGA